AUGACACGAGUUUUGGAGGUGCUGCAUAUCAACACCAUCCGAUCUGCGUUACCUAGCCAAGCUAAUUCAAAAGAAAAGACCAGUGAGGCCAGUUCUGCUAAAAGAUCAUCUAUUCUUCCUGUCGCUGCUACACAACCAGACAUCUUUUCCUGUAAUUGGUACAUCGCUGUAAGGGAUGCAAGGCCCCUUAGGUCUCUUGAACCCCUCGGAAGUAAUUUUCCCUCGGAUGAGAUGCAUAUGGAAAUCAAUUCAUCUCCUGCAAGUAGAGUUGCUGUUGAUGACAGUGAAGUUGCUAAAGGAAUCAGGAGCAUACGGCAGCCUGGUCAUUGUUUAUAUGCAAGGGAUGUCAUCUUUCAAGGCCACCUGCAGGCUGGUGCUGGUAAUGAUGGCAGAGUUAGCUGGAUAUGGGCUUGCCCACCCAGGCCUAAUCUAGAGGAUCUAGACUGGUACGUUCACGUACAAGAUGAACAGGAGAUGAAGGGGGGAUUACUACAGCAAGGACAGAGCAGCAUCGAAGGAACUAGUACAAGUGCUACCAUACCCCCUCGUUUCAUCUGUGAUAUUACUCACACGCUUCAUGUGCAUGAUAGCUCGUCCAUCGCUUGCAUUUCAUGCCCACAAGGUUCCACCUGGGUGUUCCUCCAAUGGUGCCGUGUCGAGAGGUGCCCCAACCUACACUCUGUCUUUGCUACUCCUUCAAACGAUGAUUCCAAUAGGAUGCUUCAACGAUUGGAAACAUUCUGGGUGUCCCAGCUCCCGAUGGCGUGCUACAUCUGGAAGUGGAAUCCUAUAUACCGAACUGAAAGCUAUUCCUUUUGGAGCCUAGUAUUCUUGCACCUGGACUAUUGCCCCAGGCUCAUACAUGUGCUUCCCUUGCCUGAGCAAGUGGGCACCUUCCCUAUGCUGGAGACACUCGAGAUCGUGUGCUGCGGUGAUCUGAAGGAGGUCUUCCCUUUGGACCCUAAGUGCCAAGAGAAGCAGGAAGUUACUGAAUUUCCUGGACUAAGACACAUCCACAUGUACGAGCUCCCCACGCUGCAGCAGAUCUGUGGGUCACGGAUGUCUGCUCCCAACCUUGAGACCGUCAAGAUCAGGGGCUGCUGGAGCCUCAGGCGCCUGCCGGCUGUCAGUGGGAGCAGCACCAUGCGGCCCAAGGUGGAUUGCGAGAAGGACUGGUGGGACAACCUGGAGUGGGAUGGGGUGGAGGCGAACCACGAUCCUUCGCUCUACAAGCUGCGCCACUCGCGAUACUACAAGAAGGCCCACCUGCCAAGAGGCACCAUGCUCAGGUAA